AUGAGCAAUUCGAAAAAGAGUAUGAUCAAAGCAUUCAAGAAAGCGAUUUCGAACAGUUUUUCACGAAAGCGCCGACAUCAGAGUCUAGUACGCAGGUGGUGGAACGUAUCAGAGGAAAGCGAAGUCUCGGCCUCUCCCAGCUUGGCCCUGGAUCCAUCAAGGCCUGUCCUUUCCACGUCAGGUCACUCCCACACCGGCAGCAACAUAGAGGUCAAUCUAGAUGAGCCGACCACUUUGCAAAAGCGUCGCAUGGCAGAACGAAUGCUCUGCUUCCAGGAUCCCAUCACAGGAAUUUGGGGCCGGGUGCCAUCGGGGUCGAGCCACAGUAAAGCGUCGACCAAGAAUAAACAACACCGUGCUACUCUGCUUGAUGUGAAGAUACCUACUCCCUCUUUAUCCAUACCAUCUGAGCAUGUACUUUCCACAACAGUAGACCGGAGCAAACGUAGUGUCGACAUCCCUCCAAGACAAUUAUCAUCCACCGUAUCUGUUCGUCGAAAAUCGUCUCUCUUUUUGUCACGAUCGACAUCCCAGCGCACAUUUCUCACGACCCGAUCCCGAUCCCGUUUGUCAAGAUCUGUAUCCCAAGCCUCCACCGGCACCAAGAAAAGUGCCUGCUCUCAAAACCGUCGGCGAAAUGCGGCCAUGAAGGCGCUGACGUCCAUUACGGUGCUGGUACAAGAAAUGCUUGACAAGCAGAUGGUGAUAUCCGACGAUGAUCUAGAGGUUGUCACCGAGCAUGUUGCCAUGCUGCAAAAAGUUGUGACGGAAUUAGAGACAUCAAUAGCCAGGGAUAGUAUCGCGCGACGGUCCACCUUUGGUAAAAACGCUGGGGGGAGGCCCCUGCGGUUUGCCAGUAUCAAUACCAAAGGCGACGGUGUAGAGACGUCACCUCAUCCAGAGACGAUGGACAAUAGAGAAUGGGAAGACAUUCAUGAAUCCGAACCUGUAAUACAUACUGGACGCUCCGAGGACCAACCUUCAUCAGCGACCGCCUUGUACCCUCACCCAUUACGAUUAUCCACACAUGCCUCAUCUUGCGCAGAGAUUGACUCAUCAGCCCAAGGUUCCACCCAUGAGUCAGAUGCCGACCAACGUCGGCAAAUUCCGAUGGCUGUACGGCCAUCACAGCCAUCCUCGUCCGCAUCCAUUAAAGCCUACCGAAAAGUCAUUCUCCGCAGCAACAUCAUCAUCACUAAUGACACCAAGAUAGAAUAUCCUGGCCAGAAUAUUUCAAUUUACAAAGAAUCACCUACUUGUAGAAAUGGGGAGUAAAAUUUAGGGACGUUGGUAUACAAUAAUGGUCAUUGUAAUUUUAAUGCCAUACUUGGCCUGUUGUGGUCUUUCA